UUUUUCAAAGAUUAGAAAUGAAAGACGGGAAAUAAUUGUUUUUAUUAAGUAUUUUAUAGGUGAAACCAAAUACUAAAUAAUGUUUUAAGAAAAUCAAUUUAUAUUAUAUUAUCACUGAAUUCGAUUUUCAACAUAAUCGCGCCGUAUGUUAUCGGAUGAGAUACGGUUUGUAUGGAGUUUCAAGUAAAUAAAAAAAAUGCAUCACUGAAAAAUAGCAGUUAACAACCCUAAAUUAGUGUAAUGAUACAAAAAAAUCAGUGAAAUUCAUUAUCUCAAUUUUGUAUAAUUUACUUACUUGCUGAAAUAAUAGAUCAAAAGGCAAGAAUCUUCGAAAAAGAUGAUUCGAUUUAUUCUAAUACAAAACCGUGCUGGGAAGACGCGUUUAGCCAAGUGGUAUAUGAAUUUUGAUGAUGACGAAAAACAGAAACUGAUUGAAGAGGUUCAUGCAGUGGUAACUGUAAGAGAUGCAAAGCAUACCAAUUUUGUAGAGUUUCGAAACUUUAAGAUUGUAUACCGUCGCUACGCCGGUCUUUAUUUCUGCAUAUGCGUUGAUGUCAACGACAAUAAUUUGUGCUAUCUUGAAGCGAUACACAAUUUCGUAGAAGUUUUAAAUGAAUAUUUCCACAACGUAUGUGAAUUGGACCUAGUCUUCAACUUCUAUAAAGUGUACACGGUAGUAGACGAAAUGUUUUUGGCUGGAGAGAUACGUGAAACAUCCCAAACAAAGGUGCUCAAGCAGUUAUUGACGCUUAAUUCGUUGGAAUAAAAAUUUGCUGCCAUCUCUGCAUUCCAUGUAUGUGUGUAUGUGUAUUUCAAAACUUGUAUACGUUGCAAGCGCCAUGCCAACUUUAUGGAUGGUCCAGUAAUGGAGUUUGCGAUGGUCGAUCCAUCAGUUUUCGAAUCUUUCAUUUUAAUUCUAUUCAUGUUAAUGUUAAUAUAAUUAUCAGUUUAAUUACACAUAUAACUAUGUAAGAAAAGUAAUUAGUAUUUGUUAAAGUACUUGUAUAGUUAUUGUAGAAAUAAGUGAAUGUGUAUUACCUAUAUAAUUACACUCAAAAUCACACUGAUAUUCAAAUAAAUAAUUAUGUGUAUUUGCGCAAAAGGCAUAUAUUUCAAACUACGUUAA